AUGACGGUGGAAGGUGUCUCAAGGUUGUGCAUGUGGUCAAAGACCGUGUUUUCGUCAGAAAAUGUCGAGACUGGUGGUAUUUUUAUGAUGAUUAUGGGGUUCUAUGUAUCGGUAUCUGGAAGAGAUGUUCUUGUCGGGUUUCACCGUGGUUUGGAGAUGAAUGUAUUUUCUAUGGAGGAACAUCAACAAUUAGUAAAGAAUUUGACAGAUGAGCAAAAGUCAGUUUAUGAAAAAAUAAUAAGAGAUGUGAAUGAAGACAAAGGUGGGUUUUUCUUUUUAUAUGGUUUUGGAGGAACGGGCAAGACUAUUAUUUGGAGAACUCUAUCUUCUGCCAUAAGAUCUAGAGGAGAUAUUGUGUUAACUGUUGCAUCUAGCGGGAUUGCAUCUUUGUUGUUACCAGGUGGUCGAACUGCUCAUUCAAGAUUUGUGAUUCCUCUAAAUGUAACUGAAGAUUCAACUUGUAAUAUAAAGCAAGGUUUAAAGAUGCAUCCAAUUUACACCGACCAUUUGGAGGUAAAACAAUUGUUCUUGGUGGUGACUUCAGAAAUAUUACCUGUUAUUCCAAAAGGUAGUAGGCAAGAUAUUGUUAAUGCUUCUCUCAAUUCUUCUUAUUUGUGGCCUCACUGUCAACUGUUAGAGUUAACAAAGAAUAUGAGAUUACAAGGUAAUGAAAUAGGGACACAUGUAGAUGAGUUGAGAGUUUUUUCAAAUUGGAUCUUGGCAAUUAGCGAUGGUAUAGUUGGUACUUCUGUUGAUGGCAAUGAAAAAGUCCAAAUACCAGAUGAUCUUUUGAUAAAACAAUCGGUUGAUCCAACAUCUGCAAUUGUAGAAAGUACGUAUCCGAAUUUCAACAGUCGUUGCAAUGAUAUAGGAUACCUACAACAAAGAGCCAUUCUUACCCCAACUCUUGAUAUGGUGGAAUCAAUCAACGAAUAUAUGAUUUCCCUUAAUGAAAGUUCUGAGAAAUCAUAUUUGAGUUCCGAUACAAUCUGCAACUCUGACAGUACUUAUUCAGCACUAGAACAUGUACACACUCCUGAAUUCUUAAAUACAAUUAAAUGUUCUGGAGUUCCAAAUCAUGCUCUUACGCUAAAGGUUGGUAUUCCAGUAAUGUUAUUAAGAAAUAUUGAUCAGUCAACAGGAUUAUGUAAUGGAACUAGUAUAGUACCCGCGCGAUGCGCGAAAAAUACGAAGAAAAAAAUAUAA